AUGUCUAUGGUUGCUCCUACUGAUAGCGCCUCUCGACUAUUAUUUGUCGUAGAGAGUUUUGGGUUACGCGUUAUAAUGACGAUGUUUCUUAAGACCGAGACUGUCCUGCGUGACUGGUGCGGCUCAAUGUCUGUCUCAAACGGCGACUUAGAGUCUCGCUGGAAGUGCGGUGACUUCAACAUGGCUGACUAUGACCAAGACGAAGUUGUGAACGGUGUGACUGUCCGCGACGUAAAGCCCGCUGACUUCAUUAAGGCUUAUGCUGAGCAUUUGAAGCGUUCAGGCAAAAUUGAGCUACCUGCAUGGUGGGAUGUUGUAAAAACCGCUUCGUUUAAGGAAUACUCCCCAGCGGACCAGGACUGGUAUUACAUUCGUGCCGCUUCUAUCGCCCGCAAGGUAUAUCUGCGUCAGUACACUGGUGUUGGCUCCCUGAAAAAGGUAUACGGUGGUGCCGCACGCAAAGGUGUACACCGUCAGCACUUCCAAAAGGCAUCAGGAGGUCUAAUUCGCCACAUCCUGCAACAACUAGAAGAGAUGAAAGUUGUGGAGAAAUGUCCCGAAGGUGUGAACAAGGGUGGUCGCAAGAUCACCAGCCACGGACAGCAAGAUUUGGAUCGCAUUGCCGGCCAAGUUGUCCGAGCUUAA